AUGUCUGCCAGCCUCUCGCUCUCUAGGGCGCUGCCCAAGCCCAAGUACUCCGGCGAGGACGAGGACUUGCCAGCUCACGCCCAGCCCAAGGGUCCGCGCGUCGUCGGCGCCGCCGAAAUCGACCAGACUCAGCUCGUUAAGAGGCAGACCGGCCCUCCACCCUACGGCCAGCGAUCCGGAUGGCGCCCGCGCGCCCCCGAGGACUACGGCGACGGCGGCGCCUUUCCUGAGAUUCCUGUUGCUCAAUAUCCGUUGGACAUGGGUCGCAAGACCACCUCGAGCUCCAAUGCCCUCGCCAUCCAGGUCGACGCCGAAGGCAAGGUCAAAUACGAUGCUAUCGCAAGGAGAGGCCACAGCGAGAAUCGCAUAGUGCACGCGUCAUUCAAAGAUCUCAUCCCUCUGCGCCAGAGAGCCGACAUUGGAGAAGUCUCGCUGGAGAGGCCAUCAGAGGAGCAGGUUGCGGAGACGAAGAAGAAGACGGAAGAAGCGCUCGCAAAACUCGUGUCUGGUGCCGUCGCCGCGCAGAAACCUAAGACGGUCGCAGGUACCACCCGCAAGGCCCCGACGUACGUGCGAUACACGCCCGCGAACCAGAUGGGCGACAACAGCAAAAAACAGGACAGGAUCAUGAAGAUUGUGGAGAGGCAACAGGACCCAAUGGAGCCACCCAAGUUCAAGCAUAAAAAGAUCCCGCGCGGACCGCCCAGCCCGCCCGCGCCCGUCAUGCACUCGCCCCCGCGCAAGCUGACCGCAGAGGACCAAGAAGCGUGGAAGAUACCCCCUCCAGUCUCGAAUUGGAAGAACCCGAAGGGUUAUACGGUGCCCUUAGACAAGCGUCUGGCGGCAGACGGGCGCGGACUGCAGGACGUGACAAUCAACGACAAAUUUGCGCACUUCUCCGAGGCACUCUUUACCGCCGACAGGCACGCGCGUGAGGAGGUUAAGCAGCGGGCAUUGAUGCAGCAGAAGCUAGCGGAAAAGGAGAAGCUGCAGAAGGAGGAGCAUCUGCGCGCGUUGGCUAUGAAGGCGCGCGAGCAGGCUGCCAGUGGCGGGAGAAGAGGGUCGGGAGAUCGCGGCUCGCCACUACGCAGCAGGAGUGGUUCUGAGUACUCUUCGAGAUCUGUCGACGAAGAAGAGGAGGCGGCCAAGGAGCGUGAAGAAAUGCGACGGGAGAGGCGGAGAGAAAAUGAGAAGCAGCUGCGGCAGUCACGUAUGGGCACGGAGCGGCGAAUCCAGAUGAUGGCACGGGAACAGAACCGUGACAUCUCAGAGAAGGUGGCGCUGGGGCUGGCGAAGCCGAGUGCAUCGUCGGAGACGAUGUACGACUCGCGGCUGUUUAACCAGAGCAGUGGCUUCGACUCAGGCUUCAACGAGGACCAGGCGUACGACAAGCCGUUGUUCGCGGCGCAGGACGCCAUCAGCAGCAUAUACCGGCCAAAGUUUAACACGGAUGCCGACGACGAGGACCCAUCUGAUACGUAUGAUAAGAUCACCAAGACGAACCGCUUCGAGGUGCUGGGCAAGGCAAAGGAGGGCUUCAAAGGCACGCAAGAUGCCGAGCAACGCGAGGGCCCAGUUCAAUUCGAAAAGGACUCAGACGAUCCAUUCAACAUCAACCAGAUGAUCUCGGAGGCAACUGCUGGUGCCGCAGGCAGUGGCAGCGGAAGCAAGCGGUACGGAGUGGAGGAGCCGGACGAGCGGUCCACGAAGCGGGCGCGCGUCGACGAUGAUGAGUAG